ACAGCACUCGUUUUUUAGUACACUCGUACUAAUACAUUUGCGUUCGUGGUUUGAUAGCGGCGAAGAAUUUUAAUGUUGUUCACACUCAUCGCCGUGGCGGCGUCGCGAUCGCUGCUUUCCGCUGCAGGAAUCCCCAAUCGUAUCCAAAGCAAGUCUGUAUUCCUGCAACUUGCGAUACCGAGCUGCCGGCGUCUCGGUUUGAAACGUAAAACCACCGGUAAAACACUCAUCGUGAAUCAUGAAGCCGGCAAACACUUUGUACGCGAUCGUACACUUUCUGGACCGUGGAGAGGUGGACAUUGUGCCUUGUGCGUGGCUCUGUGGCGACAUGUGUACAUGGCCGUCACUCCCAACGCGAACCGUCGAGAAAAUGAUCAAAAAGGGAGUGCCACCUGGGGACAACUGUACCGAGAUACCUGUUAGUGUGAAGGGCGUGUUUGUGGGCUGGAAUGCAGCCAGGAAGAUGCUGCCCCGCGCAGUGGACAACUCUGACUUAAAUGAUGCAGAUGAGUUGCCUGCGAAACGUGUGAGGCGUCCCAAAGUUAUUGACAGUGACGAUGAUUUCCCCCCUGUGCCUUGCACCUUUCAAUCACAAAGCAGGACAGGUCGAGGGACAAGUGCCGGUGUCUCCGGAGACACAGACAGACAGCAGCUUGAAGGGGGUGAACCUUUGACUACGCAUGCUACCAGCAACUGCGGCGACGAGAGUAGCAACAUCCCACCGCCUGUGUCACUCAACCAUCGUACUAGGGAUAUCCGGAUUGUAGAUGUGGCUUCAGAACCUUCCCCCCCUCCCUCCAGCAGUUGGUCACAGUAUUCUGCCACUGCUGUCAACUCCGCACCUGUUUCUGCAAGUCAAUCCAGGUCGUCCUCAUGCUGCAGCGACACAGUGCCUUUGCCUGGAGAGCACCAACAGUGUCGCCCCUUCAGUACACGUGAUUCACUACGCGAAGAUAGGCAAUGUAGCCCCCUGGCUCCAUCACGCAGCUUGAUGCGUGCGGCUGAACUCAACAAAGGUAGCUAG